AUGAGUUGUCAAUUUCAUUUCGCGUCUACACGGGCUUACCUUCUAGCUCUAUCCCUGCAGCUGGCACUGACAACAUUUCAAGCAUUUGUAUCAAGUUCAUCAGUAUGUCAAAAGCAGUUUGAAGCAGACGAUACACUUGUACCACCAACUCUGCACAAAGCUUUGUGCUAUGAACGAGGUAAUCGAUGGUUUAUCUUUCUCCACUGGAAUUUUGAAAGAGAGACAAGUACUGCAGAUGGUUUUCUUGUCAAAUUGUGGACAAAUGAAUAUGGUAGUGCAUCACUGAAAAAGUGCUGGCCGUACACUAAGCAAAAGGCUCAAUCACCAUUGAAACUUCCAUCUGUGCCGUCGCAGUUCGAAAAUCAUUACAUUGUUCGUAUAUAUCGUACACGCGCACAGCAGUACAUGAGCUAUGACUCAGACUCUGACGAGAAUUUGAAAAUUAUCAGUUUUGACAACUGUAUUUCUGCACCUGAAUGCAAAUCUUGCUCAACUAAUUCUACUAUAUCAUCUCAACGUUUUGUUGUUGGUAAACCAAUCCUGUACUGGUCAAAUAGUAUACUACGUGUCAACAUCUGCAUUCAAACAACUAUUCCUGUCACUUCGGCUGAUAUUAGUCUAUCAUAUUAUAUGUUUGACAAACAUGGUUGUGUGCCCAUGAACUGGUCGUUACCUGAUGACCUAUUGAUAUUACCAAAAAGCUGUUUGGUGGACUUGCUACUUCCUGUUUGCCAUGAAUAUGAUGGAUGUGACUGCAAAUUGCCAGAAAGAUCAAGAAUCGAGUUCGAGAUGUGUAUAAACACGAAUUGCAAGUUUAAGUUUAUUUUGGUAGUUCCAGUUUCACCAAAUCCAGUUUCAACCAAUCCCAGUUCAACCAAUCCAGUUUCAACCAAUCCCAGUUCAACCAAUUCAGUUUCAACCAAUCCCAGUUCAACCAAUCCAGUUUCAACCAAUCCCAGUUCAACCAAUUCAGUUUCAACCAAUCCUAGUUCAACCAAUCCAGUUUCAACCAGUCCCAGUUCAACCAAUCCAAGUUCAAUCAAUCCAAGUUCAAUCAAUCCAAGUUCAGCCAAUGCAAUCACAACUAAUACACAUUCAAUAGGUUCAUUUUUGGCUAAUAUGAACAGCACUAAAUAUUCAAACAUCACUACUUCUACUACUUCUGCUGCUGCUGCUAUGAGUGAUGAAAGAGCUACUGUAAUGAUAUGGAAGAUUGGAGUUGUGUUAGCAGCAGCAUUUUGCCUCAUUACUGUAAUUGUUCUUCUUGUGGUGGGAGUUCGUUAUCGUUGUUAUCAAAGACAACAAACGAUGUUGUCAGUACCACCAAAGCCUGAUGUCAAAGGAGACACAAUUGUCAUUUGUCACGACAUUCCAGAAAAUGUUAGCAGAUUUGCACGUGACAUUGUGUAUCGUUUUCAGGACAUAGGACUUCCUUGUUCUUCUCAUCAUUUUGAAUCAAUUGAAAUGGCUGUUGAUGUGUCUGGUUGGAUGGCAAGGCGGCUGACAAGUGUUGAGAACGUGAUAUUGGUGUGUACAGACCGUCUUUAUAGAGUCUUUUAUCAUGGAGAAAGCCAAGGAAAAGAUGAAAAUGAUCAACGUGUGUAUUUGGCAUCGACCAUUCUUAAAGGAUUUUCGAAAACAUCCACAGGACCAUUGAUCAUUCCAGUUGUAAGAACUAAGGAAGACAUGAAGUAUGUCCCUGAAUUAUACAAACACAAAAAGUGUUUUCAGUUGUGGACCGAUUGGGAAGCACUUGUUAGACUUACAAAUAGAGUGCAGGAUUACGACAAACCCUUGUUGAAGGAUUGUGUCUAUAGUUUUUCUACUGCAGAAAGCAACCAAGAUGAGAGGGAUGCAUCUCUGUCUUAGAUAGAUGAAACACAACAUCACUAUCUAGCAAUUAGCACUUUUGAAGUAUUCAGCUGCUAUGGAAUCUGGUGUGUAAGAAGUAUAUUAUAUUAUUAUUUAUAUUGACAAA